AUGAGAUCGCUCGCAUGGAUCGGCCGCGGCAGAUCAUCAACCGGGCCGCCCUCGAGCACGGCAUCGCGUCGGUGGCCGCCACCGGCGGUUCGACCAAUGCCGUGCUGCACCUGCUGGCGAAUCGCGCGCGAAGCCGGGGUCGACAUCACCAUCGACGAUUUUCGACCGCAUCAGUCGGGAGACGCCGUUGCUGGCCGAUCUCAAGCCGGGAGGCCGUUUCGUGGCCACCGAUCUGUACCGGGCGGGCGGGAGCCGCCUGCUGGCGCACCGGCUGCAGGAGGUGGGCGUUCUGCGGUCCGACCAGGUCACCGUCACCGGACGCACGAUCGGGGAAGAGGCGCAGGCGGCGACCGAGGCUCCCGGCCAGGAGGUGGUGCGGCCGGCGUCCGAUCCGAUAACUCCGACAGGCGGGCUCAUCAUAUUGAAGGGCAAUCUGGCUCCCGACGGAUGUGUCGUCAAGGUGGCCGGCGGCUACGGCACCCGGAAGCACCGCGGACCGGCGCGGGUGUUCGACAGCGAGGAGGCCUGCUUCGCAGCGGUGGAGCAGGGUACGCUGCAGCCGGGCGACGUGGUCGUGAUUCGCUACGAAGGCCCCCGCGGGGGGCCCGGCAUGCGCGAGAUGCUGGCGGUGACCGCGGCCAUCGUCGGGGUCGGCCUCGGCGAUUCGGUGGCGUUGUUGACCGACGGCCGGUUCUCCGGCGCCACUCCGCGGCUCAUGGCGGGCAUGUUGCCCGGAGGCGGCGCAGGGGGGGCCGUAUCGCGGCGGUGCGCGACGGCGAUAUCAUCGUGUUCGAACUCCAGGCGCGGGAGCUGCGGCUCGAAGUGGACGAGGCGGAAAUCGCCGAGCGCAUGCGCGGCUGGCAGGCGCCUGCGCCGCGGUACGCGACCGGCGUCAUGGCGAAGUACUCUCGCCUCGUGGGGUCGGCGGCCGAGGGUGCGGUGACGAUGGCGUGA